CCCGCUAUUGACGAUACCACUUAAUCACGACAUAAACCUAGCCCAGCGAGCAAAGCAUAUCAUCAGCAUUCUUUCUCAUAAGCAUCUCAAGAGUACUAAGUCAUUUAGACCAUGAAUACACGCACAUAUCUUUAUGAUGAACAGAAAGCGCAUAAGCUAUACCAGUGUGCCUCUCCCCUUGUAAAAACUUUUUCUGCGAUAGAAAUCAAGUUUUGUUUUUCGAUUCAGAUAGGGAAGGUAUGGGGAUGUCGAAGAAGGUUCCAGGUUGGAGUUUCAUGUGGAACAAGAGGAAGAGCAGAGCCACUCCCCCACCCCUUGGUGGUAACCAAGCCUGUCAGGCAUCCAUCAUCCCCUCGUCACCGCUCUAUGGCGCCAUCCCGCCUUGGCAGGUUACAGGGCCGGCCAUCACCAUCACUAGUUACUAACAGUACAGUCGUCUACUUCUCUGCAAUGUUCCUAAAUCUUUUUGUUUGCCUCAUUGAUUGAGACUUUUUAUUCGUACACCCUGUAGAUGCAGUACAACACUACUUCCCUAGCUGCAUAGAGUUUAGUAUAGCCUCGACUCGACAGUUUUAGAUGCCCUGUCUAUAUGUUGUACAUUACC